AGCGCGCACUCUGCGGUCAUGCGCACGGCACGGAGGGGAAGCGGAAAGACGGAAGAAAGGACGUCCAACACACUCGCGAACUUCUAGCUGACUUGCUAGAAAAUACAGUUAAACGCGACGCUAACAGGAGAAGUGGUUACUUAUUUCGGCACAGGUUUAAAAAUAGGUUAAACGCCCCGUCUGUCUGCAGUCAGUCACCGCCCUCUCAACUCGACCAGGAGGGGAGGCGGUGGUGGUGAAAGGGAAGGGGGGGGGACUGGACUCCGGCAGUUUUCAAACAGACACCGCUCACUACCUCGAAGUCCUCCACCGUCAUACAUUCACAUUUCAACCAACCCGUGUAAAGUGUCGUGAAAGACAGUGACUUGAAUUAACCUUACACCUCAACCCCGCUCGGUGCCUCCUCGGCGGGACCGGAGCGCCCCCCCCUCUCUCUUUUUUUCCGCCUUGUGUGGAAAAGUUAUCGGCGGUGGAGGAGGAGGUGGAGGACGAGGAGCCAGGCGGGCCUUGCUGUCGAGGAGGCUGCAUGUGUGAGGAGGACUGUGUCCGGCCGAGGAGCGACACACACACACACACAGCGAUAAGAGAGCCUAAACACCCAGGAACAUGUCGGCCCAGGCGCAGAUGAGAGCCAUGCUGGACCAGCUCAUGGGGACGGGGAGAGACGGAGACAUCAUGAGGCAGAGAAUCAAGUUUACAGAUGAGCGAGUCUGCAAAAGUCAUCUUUUGGACUCCUGCCCACAUGACAUUCUGUCUGGCACUAGAAUGGACCUUGGAGAGUGCAUGAAAGUUCAUGAUUUGGCCCUCAGAGCUGACUAUGAGAUUGCCUCUAAGGAGCAGGAGUUCUUCUUCGAGCUUGAUGCUGCUGAACACCUUCAGUCCUUCAUCGCCGACUGCGACCGCAGGACCGAGCUAGCCAAGAAGAGACUCGCCGAGACGCAGGACGAGAUUAGCGCUGAGGUGGCUGCAAAGGCUGAACGUGUACACGAGCUCAACGAGGAGAUCGGGAAGCUUCUUGCCCGGGCGGAGCAGCUCGGGGGGGAGGGGAAUGUAGACGAAUCCCAGCAAGUGCUGGAAAUGGUGGAGAAGACCCGGGCCUUAAAGAAGGAAGCAGAGGAUGUGUACAGAAACUCAAUGCCGGCCUCCAGUUUUCAACAACAAAAAUUACGGGUAUGUGAGGUGUGCUCCGCCUACUUGGGUCUCCACGACAACGAUCGGCGUCUAGCUGACCACUUUGGGGGCAAACUGCAUCUCGGCUUCAUUGAAAUCCGAGAGAAGCUCGAUAAGCUAAGAAAAGCAGUGGUAGAAAAACAAGAGCGAAUGCGAACCAGAAGACGAGAGGAACGGGAAAAGGACGAUGAAAGAGAGCAACAGUGGGAGUUGGAGCGGGAACGAGAGAGGGAGCGGGAAAGAGAGCAAUGGGAGCGAGACCGAGAAAGGGAGAGGGAGCGAAGGAGAUCAAGAUCUAGAAGUGGAGAGCGAUACAGGGAGGGAGGCAGUUCGUCCUCCCAUCAUUCUUCAAGGCGGCACCGCUCCUCUCGCUCCAGAGAAGAAGGUGGAGAGCGUGAUCGUGAGAGAGAGAGGGACAGGAAACAUCGACACAAGGACAGGCAUCGCUCGCGCUCCCACUCUCACAGACAAAAAAGGAAGAGGUCCUCAAGGGAAAGAACUUCUCACACCCGAGAGAGAGAGCGCUCGCAAUCCCAGGAGAGAGGUGCAGAGGGCGCAGCAGAGGGCGCAGUAGAGGGCGUGCGUAACGACAGGCCAGAGUGUGGAGACUGGCAGGACAGGGAGCAAUCCCCUUCUGUGGACACAGCCAGGGGGAGAGAACGAGAGAGAUCCCUUUCUUAUGAGCGGGACCGUCGCUCCAGCUCAGAGGAGCGAGAGUCCGGAGAGAUAUGAACUGGACAACCUCCAAAGUCCUUUAAUUUGGAUUUUUGAGUGAAGAGGAGCAUGGAGAGACGAGUGUGUGGCGGUGCGUGCGAGUGUGUUUCGGCUUUGUAUGCGUGUUCAUGUUAAAAGCAGGACAUGUACAUUAGCAGGGAUGAAAUUCUGAAAAUAAACUUGGGAAUGAGGGAACAACUUCAGCGGUGGUGGUCAAAGAAACAUGCAUACAAACUUUUAUAAGACUGCAUUGUUGUCCUAGUGAGACCUGGAAGCAUGAUAGUCAUUUUUUAUGUCAUUUUGUCAAUCUUGUGUACAUUUUCUUUGACAGCGAUGAGGGAUGAGUGAGAGCAGUCCUACUUAAAAACCUUCUUUAUUUUUCUCACAUGAAGUGCUUUUAUUUUAUUUUUUACCAGUAGUCGGUUCUUUGAUUUUAUAACUGUUUGUUAUGUUCCUUUAGGAAUCUUACCAGUUUCUGCAUCUCUGGAUCCCUUUUCUCGGGUUGGGUUCAUUAAUAAGUGGCAUAACCCUCGCAGUCCUGUUUGAAAUGAGCUGUUUAUGACUGAAGGCACUUAUAAUGUUUGUGUUUUAUCGGCUGCCUUUAAGCCAUACCAAUCUCAUUUGAAAAACUAGAUAAACAUCCCUGAGCUUGUCCAUCAUUUCAGAUGCAGUGACAUGCUGGUACUUUGAAAAUAAACUCACUUUCCCCCCCUUGAA